AUGGACUCUAUGGCGGUCCAAGAAUUCUGCCGGACCUUGUUUAACAUGAGACCGGACAUAACCUUGUCCUUGGCCCAAACCAUAUUCCUGGGCGACACGAGACACAUUCUAGGCCUCGUCACCUUGCCUUGCCACAUAAUACAAGGUAUGAAGGACUUGGCUGUGCCGGUAGCAGUGUCAGAGUAUUUGCAUCAGAAUCUCGGCGGUGAGUCAAUCGUGGAAGUCGUAGCCACGGAAGGUCAUCUGCCACAGCUGAGCUCGCCAGAUAUCUUGAUUCCCGUGCUUCUCAAGCACAUUCGUUACGGCAUUGCAGAGUUGUAG